AUGAGUUUGAGUAAUGGAAAAAAUGAGGCACCAUUAGCGAGUAGUGAUGGGGGAGGUGCUGAGAUUGUGAACAAUGAGAAGAAGGUCUUCAAGAUCUUCGUGGGGUAUGACCCGCGUGAAGAUCUUGCCUUCGAGGUAUGUCGCCACUCCAUCUUGAAAAGGUCUUCAAUUCCAGUUGAGGUCAUACCGAUUAAGCAGUCAGAUCUGAGAAAAAAUGGCUUGUAUUGGCGUGAGAGGGGUCAGUUUGAGAGCACUGAGUUCUCCUUUUCUAGAUUCUUGACACCUUGCCUUGCCAAUUACGAAGGCUGGGCCAUGUUUGUGGAUUGUGAUUUUCUCUACUUGGCUGAUAUCAAGGAAUUGAAAGACUUGAUUGAGGACAAGUAUGCCAUCAUGUGUGUUCAGCAUGACUACGCUCCAAAGGAGACCACUAAGAUGGAUGGGGCCGUGCAAACUCUGUACCCAAGAAAGAAUUGGUCUUCAAUGGUUCUCUAUAACUGUGCCCAUCCAAAGAACAGUGUCCUCACUCCUGACACUGUCAACACACAGACAGGUGCUUUUCUUCACAGGUUUCAAUGGCUUGAGGACGAUGAAAUUGGAUCCGUCCCUUUUGUUUGGAAUUUUCUUGAGGGGCAUAACAAGGUUGUUGAAAAUGAUCCCACUACUUUGCCCAAGGCCAUCCAUUAUACUCGUGGAGGACCAUGGUUUGAAGCUUGGAAAAACUGUGAAUUUGCUGAUCUCUGGCUCAAUGAGAUGGAAGAUUACCAGAAGCAAGCCAGGAAAGAAUCUGCCAAUUAG